AUGUCAAAAGACGGACACAUCCCGGGUGAAAGAGGGCUGCCAGCAGAUCAGCCCGUAAAGACCGUGCGGCUCUUGGGGAACAAGGACACAUCCUCCAGCCGCCCCUCAACUAUAGCGACAGUGAUUUGGCCCCCCUCCGCGUUCAGUCACAGCGCAGCCCAACUGCGCUGCUCCGAGCCGCGACAUCAAGCGCGUGUGUGCGGUACCGGGAAGCGCCGCGGGAUGCGGGAUGUGCCGGGGCUGAAGCGCUGCUCCCGCCGACCGCCCCGCGGGACGGCGGCAGCAGCGCCCGCGACAGCCCCUCCUCGGCCCGGCCACCGAGGUCCCCUCUACAGCCUGGGGGCUAUUCCUCACGCUCGGUCUCCGUCCCCCCGGCCCUCCCGUCACCACAAGGGCUCCCGAGCUGGUGGCAAGGUCGCCUCCCCUUCCUCGUCCGCCGCGGCCCCGGCCGGGCGGGUGAGGCACGGACGGGCUCCCCGCUCCCCUGUACCUCUCUGCGGCGGCGGCGGCGGCGACGGCGACUGGCCUCGGCUGCCGAGCACCGCCAGGAGCAGAAGGAGCGGCAAACUUCCCCGUGCCAUGGCUCCCGGGCAGCGGAGCUGCCGACCCGUCCCGCCGCGGGACAGCCGGGGAAUAUUUGUCCUAGGAUUGCCAUAUGCUCUUCUCCACAGUGGAUACAGUGGCCUACUUCUUAUUGUCUUGGCUGCAGCAUUAUGCUGUUACACAGGCAAAAUUCUGAUCGUUUGUUUGUAUGAAGAAAAUGAAGAUGGGCAACUGGUAAGAGUGAGAGACACGUAUGAAGAUAUUGCAAAUGCCUGCUGCAAAAAGCUAUCUCCCAAAGUAGGGGGCAUAGUUGUCAAUGUGACUCAAGUGGUGGAACUGAUCAUGACAUGUAUUUUGUACCUGGUUGUUAGUGGGAACUUGCUGUCACACAGUUUUCCAUAUGUAGCACUGACUGAGAAAACUUGGUCUGUAAUUGCAUUUGUUACUCUGUUACCUUGUGUAUUUAUCAGAACUCUCAAAAUUGUUUCCAAACUCAGCCAGCUUUGCUCCUUGGUUCACUUUGUUAUCAUCCUUGUAGUGAUGACUUACUGUCUGACACAAAUACACCAGUGGUCCUGGGCAAAAUUCAGACUCUCCAUUGACUUUGAGGACUUCUUGGUCUCCAUAGGAGUGAUCAUUUUCAGUUACACUUCACAAAUAUUUCUUCCCACACUUGAAGGUAACAUGAAAAACCCGGGGGAAUUUAGGUGUAUGCUGAAUUGGACUCACUUUUUUGCCUGUAUCUUGAAAACAACCUUUGCACUGACUGCUUUUUUGACCUGGGGUGAAGAAACAAAGGAAGUUAUUACAGACAACCUGCCAUCAUUUCUUAAAACACUAGUGAAUUUAUGUCUCUUAACUAAGGCUCUUCUUUCUUACCCUUUGCCCUUUUUUGCAGCCACAGAAAUUGUGUAUUCUUCUAUUUCUAAAGGCAACCAUUCCAAUUACAGAUCUCCAGUACUUUCUCUGGGUGUAAGAGGCUCAUUUCUCUUGUUAACUCUGCUGAUGGCCAUGUUUACGCCACAUUUUGCCCUGUUGAUGGGUUUAUCAGGCAGUGUAACAGGUGCUGCUAUGACUUUCCUCCUUCCCUCUCUCUUCCAUUUAAAACUUAAGUGGAAAAACCUGUCCUUCUUAGAGAAAUGUGCAGAUAUCUCUGUUUUUAUUUUGGGCUUCCUUUGUAGCCUUGCAGGCAUAGUUUGCUCAAUAAAAGGGCUGCUUGAAGUAUUUGGAGGAAUGUAA